AUGGCCACAAACGAUCAUGUUCGAGGAAAUGAUCCUCGCGGACGAAAACGUGAGCGUGACAAACAAAAUCAACGACGAAAACGGAAGAAAGAAAAGGAUGCCUUACAGAGCCUCGAGCGACGGAAUAGGUCUUUGGAGAGACAGGUACACGUACUCUACGACGCUGCGGAAGGAAAUGUCCAGCAUCUUUCGGAUAUGGUCAAAACUUUGCAGGCGAGAAACCAGACUUUAAGCGAACGUUUGAUACAAGCCAACAACUUUGCUCGACUCUGGGUUGCCCAAAACAGCGAUCAUGAAGAUGCUUCAACAGUCCAGCUGAAUGCCCGUGAUCCACUUCCUGUUGACAGAGAUUGCGUAGGAGGAUUUUCGAACUGCCGCAGUGGUCAAGCCUUAUUUGGUCUUGACGCGGAUGGUAGGAGCAUUUUCCUGAAAUCAACAUCCUAUGCCAUUGAUGAUUCACAAGUGCAUGAUCUUUCUGGAGAAACCGUGGUCUCAUCAGCCGUGGGAUUUGCUGAUUUCAACAUCUCGAGCUUAAACGGCCAGAUUGAUUGCAUUUACCAGCAACCAACACCUGGAGAGCACUCUGAAGCUGUCUCAAUCCGAAUGAGGCCUGAUCAUGACUUGAUUCAGCAACAAACGCUGCAUACUCCCGCACACUACAGCGAGGCAUCCAAGUUGACAGUACCUAUCCACAAGUUGGAGCGUGUACUUGCACUUCCGGAGUGGCAGAGACUCCCUGCGAAAACCGAAGGACUUCGCAAAUGCCUUGAUCCUCUAGGUCCCAUGGUACAACAUCUGCGAACAUCUCCUGAGUUAUUUGAACUGUGCAGCCCGCAACCACAGGCUCUCGAUCUCAUGUUCGGCGGAUCACUGAAUGAGCUGGCCAAUGCCAUUUUUCAGUCUACAACCCACACUCCGCUACGCCGCCCGGAAAAGUUGGCCGCAACUUGGAUGAACUAUUUGAUCACCAGGUGGAUCAUCGACCCAUCACAAGACAAUUACCAUCGCAUCCCGUCCACGUUCCGCCCAACAACCACGCAACUCUUUGUCCCUCACGCCCCGGUCUUGGACUAUAUCGUCUGGCCACAGAUGCGCGACAACUUCAUCCGACACGGGAUGAAGUACUGUCGAGGAGAAGUUCUCGGCCUGCUUUUCUGCACUUGUCGCGUCCGCGAUAGUCCCAACACCGACUUCGUCGUAAGGAGUGGCGGCGGUGAGUUGCAGAUCAACCCGGAGUUUUUGGAACGUAUAUCCGAUGUCGAGGGAUGGGUUCUUCUGAGGACAUUCUGGACGGAGUACCCGGAACUUGUGGUCGGGUUGGACCCUCAGCGAGUCAUGAUUUUUGAAAAAGACCUCGUCUGA